AUGGCGCUUCCAUGGUACAUCCCGCUGUGCAUGCACACUCCCCCCGGCAAGCAUCACUUUCCGCCACUGGACAAGCCACUCCGAAUCCAAAUCGAAGGUCCCCUGGUCGCCAUACAGAGACUCCUGCCAGACAUCUCCUGGCGCCUGGAUCUUCCUGACCAGACCUUCCCGCAGCCAGCGGGCCCAGAGCUAGCACGGCUGGCGUAUCAGAAGAUAUACGGACGUGACGUUUGUCUAGAGGUCUCGGGUGAUCUGCUGCUGCGGGAUGAGGUGAUUGACUAUUAUGGUGUCACAUUUGACCAUCUCGUCCCAGCGGAUGAUCCCAACCCUGAGGUGUUGCAGAUCAACAUCAUUGAGAUUGGAGAUGAUCACGGCAUCUAUGCAAACCAGUGGCUUCUAUUUGCUGUCGAUCCAGAGGAAUUUAUCGGGAAGAAGGUCCUCGCAGUGCCGAGAUGUUGCCAGAAGAGAAAGGGGACCCAGGACCGCUGGCGAGUGAAUGCGUCGGUGGACCAAAGGGUUAAUGGGUAUGAACAAUUGAAGGGACCUGAAGAUAUCGAACGGUAUCUGAAGACUUGA